UUUGUCAAUCUAAGCCUCUCGCGGCGCGUCUGUGACGUAAUUCCGCGCGACGCAAGCUCUUUCACGUCCGCACGCACAGUAGUGCCAACAUGGCGUUUACGCUGUACGCACUGAUCCAGACAGCGAUAUUAUUCACUAAUGCCAUCGCAGUUCUGCACGAAGAGAGGUUUCUCAGUAAAAUCGGCUGGGGAGCAGAGCAGGGUAUUGGAGGAUUUGGAGAUGAACCCGGCAUUAAAGCACAACUUCUGAACCUUAUUCGCUCCGUCAGGACUGUCAUGAGAGUACCUCUGAUAGCAGUAAAUUCAGUGGGUAUCGUCUUAUUAUUACUGUUUGGAUGAAGAUGGGUUGCGGUGGAUCAGGAUCUAAUGAGGAACACAGGGAAUGUGGCAAAGGACAAUGGACUGUUUUCUAUCUGUGGUUCUAUAUGUUGCUCUCAAUGUCUGAAAAUUGUACCCUUAAUGAUUUAGCUGUAAGUACUCUGGGAGUUUUAUAUGAAACAAAUACCAGUAAAUGUUUUUUUCUUGUCCAGUUUUGUAACAUUACAGAAGCUCCUGCGUCUGUGCUUGUUGUUUUUGUCACAUCCAAGGUCCAGUAAAGCGUCGCUUCCUCAGGCAUUCAUUCAUGUGUUUCUUAGAGCGACAAUGAAAUCAGUCAGACAGGUCUGCCAAAGCCAUACUGCUGUCUUACGGUUUGAUUCUGGCACCUGAAAUAUAGUUUCAUUCCUUUUCUUUCUUUUUUAAAUAAAUGUUAAGUUCCCCAAAGCUAAUCGUAUGGUGUUUCCAUUUCAAAGACAGCUUGGAAAGUAAAAGUUGGGUUUAAUAUAUUUAAAGACAUAUGGGUAAAGUCUGAAUUUUUUAAUAAAGAUGUGGUUAAUGUAGUGUUGUUAUGAUAUCAUGCUUUAAUAUGCAACACAUUUGGUUUAAAGGGUUUGAAAAGUUUGACCAGAGUAGCUUCUACCCUUAUGAGCCAGUCAUUUCAUAUUUCAGGUUUUAAUAAAGUUGUUUUGUCUUUUCAUCUGUUAA